AACAAACUAUUGAAUUAUUGGUUCUUUUAUCACUUCUAACCAGAUGACCCGUUUACUUUAUUGGUCGAUCUUUAGCUAUAAAUAAUAUUACAUAAUAACCAACCUCGCAACACGCGACCAUAAUAUAAACACGAAGCUAAAAUAAAUAAAACAUAAAAUGAUAACAUCACUUGGAAUUAUCUCAACAACGCUCUUAGUUGUUAUUACGAUUCCAAACGUGAAACACUUGAAAGACAAAUCAAAAUUCUACACUAAUGAAUCUCUUCAAAUAAAAAUGGAAUAAAAAAGCAAUUCGGAGAACCAAAUCGAAAGAAAUAUUGCUGAAAUGGAAAGUAAUAUAGACAUUCUUGCUAAUGCUACAGGAGAAUUUGGCAGAUGGCAAAUAUUGCUAACUGUGGCAAUGACGUUACCUGUCAGAAUGACUGCUGUGUGGAACCACAUGGCAAUCAUAUUCCUGGCACAAAAGACCCAGUUCAUGUGCAUUAAUGGCGUAGAGGAUGCACAAAACGAAACGUGUUAUACUGACUGCAAGCAGUAUGGUUACCACACGGAUUUUGAUAACACCAUCAUAUCCCAGUGGGAUUUAGUGUGUAGUAGAGCUUGGUUGGCGAAUUUCAAUCAAACUAUUACAAUGUUGGGUGUGUUAGUGGGAAGUGUUGUGUUCGGAUUUUUCGCUGACAGACGCGGCCGCCGCCCAACUCUUCUGACAGCAUGCACUCUCCAACUCAUAGCUGGCUUUGCGGCCCCCUAUUGCCCCGAUUACUGGUCAUUCACCACCACUCGCUUUUUCACCGGAGCUGCCACUGCAGGCACGAUGCUAACCGCCUUCACCCUCAUGAUGGAGAUGACUGGCCAGCAAAAACGAGAGCUUAUGAGCUGUCUCUGUGCGUUACCUCUCACCAUUGGAGAGAUGAUUAUGCCAGCGUUCGCAUACUACUUAAGAUCUUGGGACAAAUUCAGUAUGGGUAUAGCUGUGCCGAAUGUUGUGUUUCUGGUGUUUUUCUUUCUAGUACCAGAAUCUCCGAAGUGGUUGAUAUCAGUUGGAAGGCUCGACGAGGCGGCUGCUGUGAUGGAGAAAGUGGCAAAAUGGAACCGUCGACCUCCACAAAACAUGAUAGAAAUAGUAAACAAGAUAGCUCAUGAAAGUACCACUGAUAAACCAAAAGAGAAAGCGUCAUUUUUAGACCUAAUGAGGCCGAACUUGAGGACUAAGAAUCUGUGCUCCUGCAUCACUUGGUUUAUCUUGGGGAUGAGUUUUUAUGGAAGUAACCAGUACAUAGGACAGACCAGUUCGAACCCGUUUGCUAGCAUUUCGCUCGCUGGAGUUUUACAGAUUCCAGGUGUAUUCCUGAGCGGUUAUCUUUGCAAGCGCUUCGGACGCCGCAUCACCCUGAUCACCUUCCUUCUCGUCUGCGGCGUCAGUAACAGCCUUCUGUCAGUGCCUGACGAAUACUUUUAUCUAAAACUGGUGGUUGGGUCGGUUGGAGUUAGCAGUGCGAGCGGGGCGUUCGCUGCCAUGUACAUGUACACGACUGAACUAUUUCCCACUGUUGCCCGUAACAUGGCCAUGGGAGUCUCCUCUACGGCUUCCAGGAUCGGCUCUAUAAUAGCGCCGUUCGUCGCCGGCGCGAGCGUCGCAGGCGGAUGAGUGCCACCAACGAUCUUCGGCUUUGUACCUAUCCUCGCAGCUGUUGCUUGCUACUGCCUACCAGAGACUAAGGGAGUGACGUUGAGCGACCAUGUGGAGAAAUGAGCUAGAUUCAUCGUUAUGACAGAAUUUUUGGGAACUGAAGAAGUAAAUAGUACCGUUAAUGGUUAAGCAGAUGCUUGUGUAACAUGGAGUGGUGAUGGCUGGUUUCCACUGAUCAAGUAUCGGACCAGCCCUUUGCCUAUCUUCCAUGAAAAACUAUGAUUGAAACCAUAUACCUGGCAAUUCAGGUUAGUGUUAUGCAAAAAUGUAUCCUAUGUUAAGGUUACCUAAAUAAAUUUUCCAAAUGUAAUAUUACUAUGUUGGAAUCAAACCGUAAUGUCUUGUUUCUUAACUAUUCGCCUGCAGCACAACAGUAGUUGUCGGCUAACAUUUUAAUAGUAUAGCCUGACCAGGAAAAUAAAAAACCUGAUUUUUGGCGCCACCUUUGCUUUUUCGUUUUAAAAUUACGUUGCCAGUAAAUGAAACUAGUACCAUAUUUCGCCACAUCAUGGCGAGUUUUUCAUUUUCUCGGUCAAGCUAUAAUUAACAUUUCCUUGUGUAAUUAUACUCAUUAAGAAAAGGAAAUGUAACUUAAAAAUUCCAAAGAUUAUAGCAAAAUACCAAAAUUAAACACGUGUAAACAAAUAUUAAAGUUUGAUUGAUGACGUACGGAACCAAUUAUGUUACAUUAAAGAUCUAUAAUCUCACGCAAAUGUUAUUAAGGUUUUAAUGAUCUUUUAGUGAAGUAAUAAAAGCGACCGUCCAUUUUCUUGCA